AUGACCACAGGAAACAAGACACCUCCUGGUGCUGAUCCCAAGCAGUUAGAAAGGACUUCGACAGUAAGGGAAAUUGGUUCCCAAGCUGUGAUGGGGAUGUCAACAUGCAAACCAGGUUUUGGAAUGGAUCGAUUACGAGAUUACAAUCUAGAAACUUACUGGCAAUCUGAUGGCUCUCAGCCUCAUUUAGUGAACAUCCAAUUCAGAAGAAAAACAACAGUGAAAUUGUGUAUUUAUGUGGACUAUAAAUCUGAUGAAAGCUACACUCCAAGCAAAAUCUCAGUCAGAGUAGGAAAUAAUUUUCACAACCUUCAAGAAAUUCAGCAACUUGAAUUGGUGGAACCAACUGUCUGUAGGCAUGUGCCUUUAACUGACAAUCAUAAGAAGCCAACUCGCACAUUCAUGAUACAGAUUGCUAUUCUAGCCUAUCAUCAAAAUGGAAGAGACACCCACAUGAGACAAAUUAAAAUACACACACCAGUGGAAGAGAACUCCAUUGGGAAAUUCCCCAGAUGCAAUUUCCCAAUGGAAAUUGUGCACAGUUGCACAACCAUUGAUUUUAUGAUGUAUCGUUCAAUACAGUGA